CUGCUACAGUAACAUCCAUCUAAUACUCAAUAGUAAAGAAUAUCAUAACCCGUCUCGUCUCCGCAUGCGUCAUGAUGAAAUCACUCUACAUCCUCCACACUCUCCGCACUCUUCCUUAGUUCGAUUUAAUUCAAUUCCAUCGUCUUUACAUCCAUCUCCCCAUCUCCUAUCCUCUCUAUCCUCACCAUAAUGUGCGACGUCCCCUUUUUCCCCAUCUUCCCCAUCUGCUUCCAAUGCGGCACGGAUCAGAAUCCCUGUCGGUGUAAAGUCGUCGGUCCGACACUAGGGUUUUGUGUGACUAUCAUUGCGGCUGUGAUUUGUUAUCCUGCGUCGCUGUUUUGUGGUUGCUGUAUGACCAAGACUGGGAAGGAUGUCCUUGCGUAUCCGGUCAAAUUGAACGGCCAAGUUAG